UAAAUAGAGAUAUUUCAAGCUCUUCCAUUGAUUUACUGGAUAUUUUUCUUUCACGUUUUAUAAAAUUAUUUGUUAAAUAAUCUUAACUUUUGUUUAACAUUCUGGGGCCUUUUAUACCUUUUUAUUACGUAUAAUAUUUGUUUAGCUUGGAGUGCAUUUUCGUGUAUGGCUCUCUUUAUUUAUAAUGAAAUUUUAUAUGGAAAAUACGAUAAGAGAUCGUUGGCCUUUUGCUAACGAUCCCAUUCUCUUACAACGAAUGUUUCGUUCUCACACAAUUUAGAUUUUGUGUCAAAAUUAUUAAUAGUGCAAACGCUAUAAAUAAAUUAUAAUACAAUUACCAUACCGGGACAAUACUGUAAAAGAAAAAUAUUUUAAAAAUCCUAUUAGAAACAAUACUGUAAGCGUUAUCACACAUUAAACACCUUCGAAUUUUCAUUUAAUUCUAAUCAAACAAUAUCGGGACAUCGAUAAAAUGUAUCGAAAACAAUUGUAAAGUAUCACGUGUUAAGCUUUGAAUAAUUUGCCAGGCACUUCACAGAAUGUUGUAAACAUAGUCUGGUCCUAACAAGAGACGUCGCCAUAGUGACUGUUUUUAUCGAUUGAAUGUUAAACCAGCCAGUUUCCAUUGUGCUUGUGUUAGGGUGUGGCCCAAGAGAUUCCAUAAAGUUCAGUUAGGAACUCGGUAUCUCAACAUGAGAUAUGGUAGAUCAAUAUCCUCUAAGCAUUCAACAUUGAAUUGAGUAAUCAAAUCGUUGGAAGGAAAACUUGGACUAUUUUUAUACUCUUCUCUCCAGAGAUCUUGAAAAAGAAUAUAUACACACCGCAGCAGAAAGCGUUAUGGAAGAUAAAGAAUCAGUAUCGUCUCCAACGGAAUCUUACCAUAGAUUCCCAUCAGAGGUUGGUGAUAAGCCAGUGGAAGCGGUCUGUCCAAAAUGCAGGAAAAAAGUAAUGACAGAAGUUACUAAAGUUACUGGAGCCUUUGCUUAUCUAAUGGCAAGCGCUUUGACACCAUUAUUAUGUUGUUGCUUACCAUUCAUUAUGACUUGUUUCAAAGACAUCAUUCACACUUGUCCACAAUGCCAAGAAACUUUGGCUAUGAGGAGUCGAAGCUCAUAACUUUUACUCACGUCUUUACCAAGUUUAAAAACCAAAAAAAAAAAAUAAAUAAUG